CCUCAUGCUAGGUCCUGCACUCAUGCAAGCUUCCUACUUCGUGCGAAUUGCUGACACCCUGAUGGUUUGCCAACGCUGGUGUUCAGCUUCAUACUCUAGGCGUUUAUGAGAUCGGUAUGCGGUAGUCCAGCGCUAUGUGUGCUGUGAUCAGUAUAAGUACCACACCGUCUAUUCAACUUCCUGCCAUCAUCAGAACAUCAGCGCUCACAUCAUACGCCUACCUGAAAAUCCUAUCAAAACACCCCAUAUCUUCUCCAAGUCACGCAUUAUGGUCGGCAUGCUCUACAAGCUCGCUGCUGUAGCUCUAUGGCUAGGCUCGACAACCACCGCUGUGACUAUCACAGCCCACCGUGCGCGGGUCCUUGGAAGUUCUCCUUGCUUCGCGCCUGUCGUGCUCCAAUGCGACAACGUCCCACCCCGCAACUGCUGCGGCGUCGUUCGUCCUGGCUCACCCUUCCGUGCCAUGCUAUUUUCUGGUCUCGACAGUUCAGGCGUCCCUGAACAGGCCACCGUCUUCGCAACCGGACAAAACACGCCCUGCGGCCGAUCUUGCAACUCUGACGGCGGCGCAUCACGCCUAUGCGUCAGCUGCAGCCAGACCAACCCGGAGAUUGCAGGUGGUUUCUAUUUCAGCCCUGCGUUGAAGAGAGAGGAGCAGAACUGCACGAAUGUGCUGCCGAACUGGGCUUUUAUUGAUGGUCAUAAGUUCGCGGUCUAUCACAAUGUGCCGCUAGAUAUCUCGGAGCGUAUUAUCGACUUUGCGCUUGGAGAGGGUAGCAUUGAGCAGGUUGAUGCUGAUCUUUUGGCAUGGGAGGUGCCGAAUGAGGCCGAGAUUGAUGCAACUGCUGAAUGAACGAAAGAAGGAUGCUGUCAAAUACGGUGCUCAUUUUCUGGGUAAAUUGUGGUUCAAUCAUCAGGUCUUCCGAUAGCAGUCAUAACGACUCUCCAUAUCUUUACUUGCCUUUAGUCAGCAGUAUAUUGGCGAGAAUUAGUAGAGACUCUCGGUGGUAUCGAAUCAAACAGUCGCUAGCGAUAAUUCAUACUCCAAACAGGCAUGUUGAGAGGAUCUUCGAAGCCUCGGAUUGUGAAUGAGAUCGAGCUGGCACGGUAACAAACCCUCGGGAAGAUGCCGCAGCAACGAUGCCGCGACUGCUGAAAUGAAGCCAACGCAUCGCGCGCCAUCGUGUAGCACUAGAUGAGCAAGAGGAGGGCGGAGCGAACAGACUAUCAGUCUCACC